GUGCCUGCAAGUCACCCGCGGGCGGAGUCCCUGCGGAUAAGGGAGCUGCUGGUGGACGGAUACAGCACCGGCCUGGUCGCCAGGGAGGGACUCCUGGCCCACGGCCGGGGCGAGGCAUUUGACUACCUUCUGGGGGAGCAGACCGCGGGGUUUGCGAGGCGGGCGAUACGGGCGGCGGCUGCGGCAAUGCUUCUUGCGGCCUCGCCGGUGAUCUCGGUCAACGGAAACACGGCGGCCCUGUGCCCGCAGGAGAUGCUGCGGCUUGCCCGGUCAUCAGGCUCGAUGAUCGAGGUGAAUCUGUUUUAUGCCUCCGAGGAGAGGAGGAGAAGCAUCGCGCGGGUGCUAAAGGAGUGCGGCUCUGACACGGUGCUGGGGCUUGAUCCUGCGUCACGGGGAAGCCUUCCCGGCAUCGACUCGGCCCGGAGGGUGGCCGACACGGGCGGUAUCCUGGCUGCGGAUCUGGUGGUGGUGCCGCUGGAGGAUGGGGACCGAACCCGGGCCCUGAAGGCGGCAGGCAAGACCGUUGUCGCCUUUGAUCUCAACCCGUUCUCUAGAACCGCCGGCGAUGCGGACAUCACAAUAGUGGACAACGUGGUACGGGCAAUGGGACUCCUGGCAGACCGCUGCCGGGAUCUCUCGGCUGCGGAUCGGCUGUCGCUGGAGGGAAUCCUACGGGACUACGACAACGGCCGGGUGCUCUCUGAGGCCAUGUUACAUAUGGAGAGCAACCUGAGGGAGAGGGCCCGUCUUGCAUAA